AUGGAGAGCGUGGCCGCCCGGCUCGGCGACGCACGGGAGACGUGUCUGCAGCUGAGCUCCCAGGACGGCGAGGUGCUGACCCAGCUGCGCUCGCUGGAGGAGCGCUGGCGCCGACUGCAGCUGACUGGCGACUGGCUGGACCGGGUGGAGCAGAGCGUGCAGGCGGACGCGCUGGACGCCGAGUCGGCUGUGUUCGGCGAGCUGACGGAGCGUAAGCAGACGAUGCGAUGGCUGGUGUCGACGCUGGACGCGCUGGUCGGCGGCCUCGCCGAGCCGGAGGCGGAGCGUCAGCGGCAACAGCUGUCGGCUUUGGUGAUGCGCUACAAAGAGCUGGUGCCGCGGCUCGAGACGGCUGCGGUGGCGCUGGACGGCCUGUCCCAGUGUCACAAUUACAGGAUCGAGAUCGACGAGGAUAGAGAUCGACGAGGUGAGGUGUCGGUCAUGACGGGGCUGGACGGCCUGUCCCGGUGUCACAAUUACAGGAUAGAGAUCGACGAGCGCGGCAGAGACCUGGGCCGGGACCUGGCCCAGCGGCCGGCGCUGCUGCCGACCGCGCUCGCCCGGCUCGAGCAGACCUGGGCCGAGAGCAACGCCGAGCUUAUCCAGCGGCUCGAUCAGGCCACCGACGCGGAGAAGCUGUGGUCGGAGCUGGCCGACCGGCAGGCCGACCUGCAGUGUGCGGUCUCCGGACACCAGGCGGCGCAGGCCAGCGAGCGGGUGGAAGCGGUGCGCCGCGGCCUACAGGCGGCCCAGCGCAGCCAGCAGCGGCUCACCACGCUCGACAUGCCGCCCGAGGCGCAGGGCUACGACGCUGGCCAGUUUCGCAGCGAGCUGGCCAUUCUGGGCGACACGCUGGAACACAUGAGGGAGACGGCUCAACAGCAACAGGCCGUGCUGGAGGAGGAGUACGCGCACUGGCAGACAUACCAAGCCGAGGUGGGCGAGCUGGUGCCCUGGCUGCACAGGGCCGAGCAGAAGGUGGCCGCCGAGCUUCCGCGGCCCGCCCAGCUGCAGGAGGCCACCGACAUGCUGCACCAGUGCCGCCAGUUCGAGGACGAAUGCAACGACAAGGAGCCGGCCGUCAAGGCUCUGGUGGACGAGAGCUCCCAGAUAAUCCAGGUCCUGGUGGACGAGAGCUCCAAGAUGGUGCAGGUGUUCAGCGUGUCGGACGAGGCCGACUCGCUGGUGACGCGCUGGACCAAGGUCCGCGAGACCUCGGUGGCCUGGGUGCAGCAGAUGCAGGGCCUGGUGUCGGCCCUCCAGGAGGUGCACACGGAGCUGUCGGCCGUGCGUCAGUGGCUGGACCGGGUGGGCGGCCAGCUGUCACCCGACGAGGCUGACCAGGACACACCGGAUGCCCGCCAGGAGCUGGACCUGUUGCAGCCGGCGGUGACCGAGAUGCCGGGCAAGCAGUCGGCGGUGCUCUCGCUGCAGCAGCGGGAGGAGACGUACCGCCGCCUGGAGGCGCUGACCGGCUGGCUGGACGGCCUGAAGGCGCAGCUGGCCGAGUUCGACCGUGUCCAGAUCGACUCACUCUGGGAGUGUCUCACCUCGCUGGCGUCGCUGCAGCAGGAGCUGACCGCGAAGCUGCCGAGCUGCGACGCCGUGCGUGAGGACGCCACCAGUCUGUACAACGAGCGGCCGUCGCGCGAGAACGCCCGGCUGCGUGACGACUCUGAGCAGCUCAAGCGGCUGGGUGAGCAGCUGUCGGCGCUCACAGAGCGGGUGCAGUCCGGCUCGCUGACAGUUGAGCAGGUGCCCGCGCUCCAAGGCAACCUGGCCGCCCUCCAGUCGGAGCAGGCCGGUCUGGUGCGUGAGGCGGUGGCCGUGGAGCCGGCGGCCGAGCGGGCCGGCCUAACGGUGUUGCGCGGUGAUGAGGAGCAGCCGCCGCAGCAGCUCAGCGCUGGCACGCUGCAGCACCUGCAGCAGCUGAUGGCCCAGUUGGACGAGCAGGACCAGCGGCUGGCGCUCCACCAGGAGAGCCAGGCGGUGCUGGAGUCGGAGCCGAGCCGCUUCACCGAGGUGCAUGAGGAGAUGGUAGCGCUGGACCGCUCCUGGAACGCGCUGCGCCAGACGCUGGCCGAGUCGGCGGCCCGCCACCAGACGCUGCAGGACUCCUGGACGGCCGUGCUGGAGCUGGCGGCAGCGCUGGGCAGCGUCCGCUCGGCAGCCACUGCCGCCGGACUCUCGGAGUGCCUGGAACGCGAGUUGGAGCAAGCCAAGGCGUCAGCACGCGAGGCCAAGUGUGACGAGCUGAAGGCGCAGAUGGAGCGCAUGCUGCCGGAGCUGGAGUCGGCGCACAUCCUGUGGAGCCAGGUGGCGCGCGUGCAUGAGGACGGCCUGCGCUGGGCGACCUCGGCGCAUCAAAUGCUGCAGACAGCCGGCGACGGCGCCAGCAGCCUGCGCGAGACCAGCGCGCGUCUCGAGCAGUGCCAGCACGAGCUGGCCGGCCAGCAGAGCGGCGCGCGCGCCGCCGCCCAGAAGGUGGCGGACGUGCGGCGUCUGCUGGCGGCCGACAAGCUGCCAGCGCUGGACGAGGCCCAGCAGCGGCUAGAGGCCAAGCUGGCGGCGACCGAGGUGGCGCUGCACAGCGCCAGCCAGUCGGUGGCCGGUCUGGUGUCGCGCGAGACGGCGCUGCGCCAGGCGCUUGGCCGCUGCGCCGAGACCGCCAUCCAGCUGCGCCAGAGGGUGGGCGAGCUUGACGACGCCGCCGGCUCCCCGCAGGAGGUGGUCGGCCGGCUACGACAGGUCGAUGAAUGCGCCGCUCAGCUGAGCGCCCUGGAGUGCUCACUGGCCGCCGUACAGGACGACAUUGAUGCUAUGGAGCAGAAAGCCGUGCCGACAAGCAUGUAUCAGAAGGAGCACUCCCUGGUCGGCGCAAAACUUAAGAAUAUCAAGGCCCAGCUGAAGCGGGCGACAACUAUGCUCGGUGGGUGUCUCGAGAAGAACUUUAAUUUGCUUCUGAAGGAUGCCAAGAAAAAUCACAUCGCUCUGACCGACAAACUGGCCUGGUUGGGCUCGGCGCCCACUGAAAACGGCGCCGCCGUGCGGAGCCGACUGGACGUGGUGGCCGAGCUGAAGGAAGGCGUGCAGGAGGCCGAAGCGGCCCUGACCUGCCUGCAACAGACGGCCGAACAGUACCUGACUGCGCUUCCCGAGGAGAAGCGGCCGGCGGUGGCGGCGGCGCUCCAGCACCACGAGCGCGACCUCACCAAGCUGGCCCAGGGGGUGGCCGAGGCCGAGCGCCGGACUCUCUAG